UACAUAUCAGAAUGUUCCCCAAGAAGAAGGCCUUCUUGGGGAUUCGCCGGAGCAACAACAAUUCUACGCAUCAGCACAUGCUACUACUGGCGUCGGAAUCCUGCCGAGUCCGUCCGAUUCCGAAAUAUCUUCUAAUGCUUCAUCGAUGAAUGAUGUGAACAUUGCUGAUGGCCGUGUCAUCGAAGCACGGCAAACCGGCACACCACAGUUCCCACGGCAUUCCGGCACCGUGCACUUGUGGCACUUCAUAAGAGAACUGCUUGAUCAUCCAAAACAGUACAGCUCGUGUGUUAGAUGGGUUGACAGACAAGAAGGGACUUUCAAGAUCGAAUCAUCGCAUCAUUUAGCGCGUUUUUGGGGCCAACGAAAAAAUCGUGCUCAGAUGAACUAUGACAAAUUAUCGCGAUCUUUGCGGCAGUACUACAAAAAAGGUAUCAUCCAAAAGCCGGAAAAAAAGCAGCGCCUUGUGUAUAAGUUUUUACCGCCGUAUAAUCUUUGA